AUGUUUACACCUUCCAACAUCAUCAAACACACUCAUCAUUGCUUCAAACAAACCAAUCUCAUCAACAAUAUCCAUACCAUGAACCUUCACUCUCCCAAAACUCUACGAAUACGUUACACCGACGAAGACGCCACCGACUCUUCCUCCGACGAUAACCAACCGCCGCGCCGCAGAGUCAAGACCUUCGUCAACGAGAUCACCAUCGCCAGCAGAAACAUUCCGAGGAAAAACAACAGACGUAAAAUCAAAACCAACACCAAAACUAGAGCUCCGGCUAUCCAACGGAAGCCGGUGAUUAACUCCGGGAAGAAAUACCGAGGAGUGAGACAGAGACCUUGGGGGAGAUGGUCGGCGGAGAUAAGAGAUCAUAAAAUGAGCGUAAGACUGUGGUUAGGAACUUACAACACUGCUGAAGAAGCUGCUAAGGAGUACGAUAAAGCUGCCAUUAAAAUCCAUGGUGCAAACGCGGUUACAAAUUUUAUUCAACCGGUUCAUAACGUUACAAACUCUGAUAACAUUUCCGGUGAACAAUGUGUAAGCAGCAACAACAACGUUGUAUCUGCAAAUUCAGUAGUUGGUCAGUGUAGUACUUCAGAAAGUGAACACGAAACAGUGAAAGACGAUGUUGUUGUUGUUCCUGUUCCAACUGAAAAUGAUAAAAAGAUGAAAUCUGAUUCUGAGUCAGUUUUUCCGCUUCCUUGUGAUAGUUUAUUCGAUGGGUUUGAAAGAAACUGUGUAUUUGGUAACGAGAGAGAGAUGGAAAACAUGUUUUCUUUUCCUGAUGAUGAUUUUAGUGGCAAAUUUGUUGAUACCAUGAGUCCAAGUUUGUUGAACUGGAAAAGAGAUUGUGAUAUGUUUCAGGAUAUAGGUGAUUUGUUUGGUUCGGAUUUUGGUACUUCGGUUUGA